GGACAAGAGUGCUGAACUUUAGUAAGUAUUACUUAGAUAAAGUAAAUAUCCCACACUGGUACCUUCUUUAAAGCCUUUACCAUCUGGAAUGAAAGAAAAUAUUAAUUCAAAUAUAACAGGUCAAAUGUGUUUGUAACAUAAGACACUGCUUUACAAAACCAGUUAGCAACUCUAUGCAUCAUCACUUCUGACCAUUUUUAUUAUAAUUUUUUGUCAUAUUAAGUAUAGGAAAUUAUGUACAAGAAAAGGAGAGCGAAAAAUGGAUAGAAAUAAAAUCAACUCAAGUCUUGUAUUUUUAAAGGUAAUUUUAUAAUUGCAUCAUCUAUAGUAUACGUGCCCUCGCAUAAACGCACUGUAUGAUAUAACAUGAAUAUCAAAUUUCUUAUGCUUUAACAAGUUUAGACAGAAGUUAAUUUAAACUUUAAAGGGGGUCUUGAAUUAGAAAAUCAAACUUACCAUGGUAUCUUGACAUAUAAGCGUUCAUAGCACUAUAAAAACCUACUGUUAAUUUCAGAACCGAAAACUUCUUCGUUAAUCCAAAAAUAAGGCUUUAGUGAAACCAAGGUGCCAAAACAACUCGUUCUCUACUUCCUCCUCACUUUUACGUCAUAGUGAGGUAUUACAUCAGCACAGGCCAGCCUCUGCAUAAACAGAUCAACACCUACUUUAUCGUCCACACUGCUUAGAGCGGUGAGAUUAUUUUUGGAGCAACAGGAGGUGUCACGAUGGCCACGAAGAUGUCAAGACGUUGUGCAGUGCCAGGUUGUGGGAAACUAGAUUUCUUGCAUUUGCUUCGCAAGGAUCCCAACAUUAAGAAAGAGUGGCUAACGUUUAUUUUUAAUGAAGUCCCGGAUCGCGUCUGUAAGAACGUGUUUGUUUGCUCGCUUCAUUUUACCGAUGAUUCUUUCACAAACAAGACACAGUUCGACGCAGGCUUUGCAGAGAGACUUAAAUUAAAAGUUGAUGCAGUGCCAACUAUAUUGGACCCGACACAACAAACAAGUAUGUUCAUCAUGAGAGAGCAGGUGGAUGUGAUUCAUGCUGGAGAACAGCAGAUGCUGCAGACACCAGUGAAGAUUGAAGUGAAGCAGGAGAUAAAAGAAGAAAUCACAACAGAAGAACAACAGACUGAUGAAGAUGAUGAUGAUGAUGAACAGCAGAUGCUGCAGACAUCAAUGAAGAUUGAAGUGAAGCAGGAGGAGAUAAAAGAAGAGGAAGAACAGGCUGAUGAAGAUGAUGAAGAACAGCAGAUACUGCAGACACCAGUGAAGCUGCUGGACUGCAGGAACCUGAUGAAGAUGAGAGGAGAAACCAUAACAGAAGAACAACAGAAUGAUGAAGAUGAUGAUGAUUUUAUUCCUGCAGAGCUGAUGGACGUGAGAGAGGAGUGUGAAGAGCUGAAUGAAGUGGAGGAGGAACAGCUUAAUUUUAUAAAUGGAGAAAAAUCUUUGAGUGGCUCAAACACUGAAAACAAUUUCUCUCCAGACAAACCUCGAAGAGCAGCCAAGAAAUCUUUCACCUGCUCUCGGUGUGGAAGGAGUUUCACAUGUAAAAGCCAUCUUAAUAUACACAUGAGAAUUCAUACUGGAGAGAGACCUUACAUGUGCCAUCAGUGUGGCAAGAGUUUCACAUGUAAAAGCAAUCUUAAUAGACACGUGAAAGUUCAUUCUGGAGAAAGCCCUUACACGUGCCAUCAGUGUGGAAAGAGUUUCACAUGUGAAGGUGAUCUUAAUAAGCACAUUAGAGUUCAUACUGGAGAGAGACCUCACACGUGCCAUCAGUGUGGAAGGAGUUUCUCAUUUAAAUGCUAUCUUGAUAAGCACAUGAGAGUUCAUACUGGAGAGAGACCUUACACGUGCCAUCAGUGUGGAAAGAGUUUUGCAGAUGCAGGCAGUUUCAAGUGUCAUCUUUCUCUUCACUCUGGAGAAAAGUCAUUUGAAUGUGAAAAGUGUGGUAAAACAUUUGUUCUGGCACAGUACCUAAAAAAACAUCUGAAAACUCACACAAAUGAGAAGCCUUACAAGUGUUCAUUUUGUGGAAAGAGUUUUGCACAACUGUACUAUUUUAAACAGCACCAGAAAAUUCAUACCGGUGUGGGGGUUCAUAUGUGCUUUGAAUGUGGGAAAAUUUUUAUUACAGCCGGCAACUUGAAACUGCACCAAAGAAUUCAUACUGGAGAGAAACCCUACAAGUGCUCACACUGUGAAAAGAGAUUCACUCGGUCUGUAAACCUGAAAACACAUGAGAGAAUUCAUAUGGGAGAGAAACCAUACAAGUGCUCACACUGCGAAAAGAGAUUCACUCGGUCACCUGACCUGAAAACACAUGAGAGAUUUCAUACUGGAGAGAAACCAUACAAGUGCUCACACUGUGGAAAGAGAUUCACUCUGUCAAAUACCCUGAAAAAACACGAGAGAUUUCAUACUGGAGAGAAACCAUACAAGUGCUCCCACUGUGGAAAGAGUUUCAGUCGGUCAGAAAACCUGAAAUCACACAAUAGAAUUCAUACUGGAGAGAAACCAUACAAGUGCUCACACUGUGAAAAGAGUUUCACUCAGUCAGAAAACCUGAAAUCACACAAUAGAAUUCAUACUGGAGAGAAACCAUACAAGUGCUCACGCUGUAAAAAGAGUUUCAAUCAGUCAGAACACCUGAAAACACAUGAGAGAAUUCAUACUGGAGAGAAACCAUACAAGUGCUCACACUGUGGAAAGAGUUUCAAUCGGUCAGAUAACCUGAAAACACACGAGAGAAUUCAUACUGGAGAGAAACCAUACAAGUGCUCACACUGUGAAAAGAGUUUCACUCAGUCAGAAAACCUGAAAUCACACAAUAGAAUUCAUACUGGAGAGAAACCAUACAAGUGCUCACGCUGUAAAAAGAGUUUCAAUCAGUCAGAACACCUGAAAACACAUGAGAGAAUUCAUACUGGAGAGAAACCAUACAAGUGCUCACACUGUGGAAAGAGUUUCACUCAGUCACAUCACCUGAAAACACAUGAGAGAAUUCAUACUGGAGAGAAACCAUACCACUACUCUUCAUGUCACCAAGUACUCUCUAUAGAUAUGCAAAAAAACAAUUGCCCAACAAGUCACAAAGUGAAACCUGACAAAAUACAAGAAGAAGAAGAUCUGAAAGUUUGGACGCUCAGUUCUAUGUUCAUCAUGAGAGAGCAGGUGGAUGUGAUUCAUGCUGGAGAACAGCAGAUGCUGCAGACAGCAGUGAAGACUGAAGUGAAGCAGGAGAUAAAAGAAGAAAACACAGCAGAGGAACAACAGACUGAUGAAGAUGAUGAAGAACGGCAGAUGCUGCAGACACCAGUGAAGAUUGAAGUGAAGCAGGAGAUAAAAGAAGAAAACACAGCAGAGAAACAACAGAGUGGUGAGGAUGAACAGGUACAGCAGAUAUUGCAGACAUCAGUGAAGAUGUGUUCAGUGAAGCUGCUGGACUGCAGGAACCUGAUGAAGAUGAGAGGAGAAACCACAGCAGAGGAACAACAGAGUGAUGAAGAUGAUGAUGAAACCACAGCAGAGGAACAACAGAGUGAUGAAGAUUAUGAUGAUGAUGAUGGUGAUGAACAGAAGAUGCUGCAGACACCAGUGAAGAUUGAAGUGAAGCAGGAGAUAAAAGUAGAAAACACAACAGAAGAACAAAAGAGUGAUGAAGAUGAUGAUGAUGAUUUUAUUCCUGCAGAGCUGAUGGACGUGAGAGAGGAAUGUGAAGAACUGAAUGAAGUGGAGGAUGAACAGCAUGAUUUUAUAUCUGGAGAAAAAUCUUUGAGUGGCUCAAACACUGAAAAUAAUUUCUCACCAAAAAAUCCUCAAAGAGCAGCCAAGAAAUCUUUCACCUGCUCUCAGUGUGGAAAGAGUUUCACACGUAAAAUGCAUCUUAAUAUUCACAUGAGAGUUCAUACUGGAGAGAGACCUUACACGUGCCAUCAGUGUGGAAAGAGUUUUGCAGCUGCAACCAAUCUCAAGAGUCAUCUCUUUUGUCACUUUGGGGAAAAGUCAUUUGGAUGUGAUAAGUGUGGUAAAACAUUUGUUCUGGCAAAGUACCUAAAACAACAUCUGAAAACUCACACAAAUGAGAAGCCUUACAAGUGUUCAUUUUGUGGAAAGAGUUUUGUAUGCGUGUCCUAUUUUAAAGAGCACCAGAAAAUACAUACUGGUGUGGGGGAUCAUAUGUGCUUUGAAUGUGGAAAGAUCUUUAUUACAGCCAGCAACUUGAAACUGCACCAAAGAAUUCAUACUAGAGAGAAACCAUACAAGUGCUCACAAUGUGGAAAGAGUUUCACUUGGUCACAAGACCUGAAAACACAUGAGAGAAUUCAUACUGGAGAGAAACCAUACAAGUGCUCACAAUGUGGAAAGAGUUUCACUUGGUCACAAGACCUGAAAACACACGAGAGAAUCCAUAGUGGAGAGAAACCAUUCAAGUGCUCACACUGUGGAAAGACUUACACUUUGUUACAAAACCUAAAAACACACGAGAGAAUUCAUACUGUAAAGAAACCAUACAAGUGCUCACACUGUGGAAAGAGUUUCAUUCAGUCAGAACACCUGAAAACACAUGAGAGAAUUCAUACUGGAGAGAAACCAUACAAGUGCUCACACUGUGGAAAGAGUUUCACUCAGUCACAAAACCUGAAAAAACAUGAGAGAAUUCAUACUGGAAAGAAACCUUACGAGUGCUCACACUGUGGAAAGAGUUUCACUCAGUCAGAACACCUGAAAACACAUGAAAGAAUUCAUACUGGAGAGAAACCAUACAAGUGCUCACACUGUGAAAAGAGUUUCUCUCUUUCACAUCACCUUAAAACACAUGAGAGAAUUCAUACUGGAGAGAAACCAUACCACUGUUCUUCAUAUAAUUUCUUCAUCUCGUGUAAAAACAAUUGCCCAACAAGUCACAGUUAGUGGUCGAUCGAUAUGGAUUUUUCAAUGGGACUACCAUUUGUUAUAUCAGAAGAAAUGGAGAUUCAUCAGACCAGAUGGUUUUUCCUGUCUUUAACUGUCCAGUUUUGAUGAUUCUGUGUCCACUGCAGUCUCUGCUUUCUGUUCUUGUCUGACAGAAGUGGAACCUGACGUGGUUUCUGGAGUGGUGGUGGUGUAGUGGGCUAAAUCACAUAACUGUUAAUCAGAAGGUUGCUGGUUCGAUCCCCACAGUCACCACCAUUGUGUCCUUGAGUAAGGCACUUAACUCCAGGAUGCUCCGGGGGAUUGUCCCUGUAAUAAGUGCUCUGUAAUUUGCUUUGGAUAAAAGAGCAAAUGCGUAAAUGUAAAUGUUUCCAUCCACAGAACUGCCGCUCAUAUGGAAUAUUUUUAUUUAUUCAUUCAAUUGAUCCAUUUUGAUCAUUGAAUUGACAUGUAUACAAUAUGCAUUGAUCUAAAAAUGACAAUGUGUAAUCAAUGUACUAUGAAUAACUGCAUUAUGAAUGUUAUUCAAUAUGUUAGAUAUUUAAUCAUUCAGUUAUUGAUUUAAUUAUCAUUUAAUCAAAGUGCAAAUCAACAGAAAAAUGUAGCUUAACUUGUCUAGGGAGAAUUACAGCCUUUCUGUGAAUGACCCAGAACAAAUGUGUGUAUUGAUACUAAAGGAAUAAUCAAAUGUUUUAAUUAAAACAAAGUUAGGCACUGUCUGGUACCUGUCUGAAAGAGUCAGAGGACACAUGUGCGUUAAUUAGUGCUAGAAACGAGAUGAAACAAAUGUAUGUGGGUGUGCACACAUUUCCCAUCUUACAGGAAUGUGUGCAACUAAUGACUGUAAUAAGGGAAAUCAUUUCAUAUACUAAUCAAAUUCAUGCAGAAAGUAAUGACUGUUAGUUAAUAUAAAACAUGUAACCAUAUGAAGUGAUUACAGUGUGUUUUAUGCAUUUAAAAUGAAAUAUGCUUUUGCCAUCAUUGAAGCAAGUUGGGUCAGGAUGACCAGCUGGAAGGGAGAUGGUGAUGAUGACACUAGGGGGCAUGAGAUGAUUUUAUUGGAUGAAGAGGCCAUCACUCAAAGAGAGGGGGUGGAACAGAAGCUGUAUAAAGGAUGCAUGAUUCUGAAGUGUAAUUUCAGAUGCUAGAUGAUCAGAUGGCAUCUCGGCUUUGUUCAAUAAAGUCUCAUCUUUGACAUCUGGAACCCUGGAGAGUUUUCUUACUGAGAGGAAAAGGAUCUUCAGUAUUCCACGACACUCACUGGAUGUUGCAUCUUUAGCAGCACUUGCCUCUGUGAUCAUAAAUAGAUCUACAAAUGUCUCAGAUAGUGUAAAAUGUGAAAGCAUUUUAAUGAAAAUUAGAUUCAUAAUAAUUUUUGGGGAUUAUUUCUAUAUUUGUCUUGCCAUCUGUGUGUUUACUGUCUGUCGUCACUAUUAAAGGUCAUUCUUCAUAA